AUGAUAUAAAAAUUCAUACAAAGAGUUUCCUAUUUCGACACAUUUGGAGCAGAAGUGAAGUUGAAUUUUAGGAAAAAAGAAACUCAUUAAUCACCAUUUGGAGGCUUUUGUACAAUCCUUUUGGUGGUUGUAUUGGCCAUCGUUUUCAUACAAGGAGCCAUCAGUCUAAUAAAACAGGAAACUUUCACUGUAUAUUUAUUAGAUAAUCUAUUGAGAUCUCAUCCAAUCGGAUUUUGAACAUUGAUCCACCUACAACCAUGCUCAACUACAACGAUUACAUGAUGGCAUUCCAAGUAGAAGAUCCUAUAAUCGACGGAACCAAACAAUUAAUAGAUUUUAUCUAUACUUAAUAUGAGUAAAGCAUGAAUGAAAAUGGUACAUUGAGUAAAACUGAAAAAUACUCACUACCACUUGAAAAAUGCACAGUCAACCAUUUUUAGGACUUUAAUGAAUCCACUAUAUACAAUGUAUAUCACUUAUCUUCUAACUCUAGAAAAUACUCAAAGACUAACUCAAUGGCUAUUAUUGUCUACCACUUAAUUAUACUCUAACUUUGGAAGGCACCUAUAAAUCUAAUACGUUUUAAUAUGGAAGAAUAACAGCUCUACUUUGCUCCACCAACUAAUGUUAUUCAACAUCUGAAAUUCAGUAAUUCUAACUCCAGGGCUAUUUCAAUAAUAGUUUUAAAAUCAAUACUUUAAUGCUCAAUCGAGUUUCAAAUUUAAAUUUAGAAUCUAAUUACUUAUCCUAUAUUUACUCUGAUUUCUAUAUUUCAACAAGACUUGGACUCGAAACCAAGACAGAUAUUUAUCUUGAGAGAUAAGAAAUGACAAUUGAAAAUUCUGUUGUCCCUGGAAUAAAGGAUAUCAAAGAUGAACAUGUUUUUUCUAUUGUGGAAAAUAAAUUAACUCCAAAUGCUGUUUAUACUUCUAAUAUUACUAAAGUAGCAUCAUUUUACUUACGUCUUUCAUAAUCUGAGAUGCAUCAUUCAAAACAAUAUUAUCGAGUAGAUGAACUAAUCUCUUAUGUAGGUGGCAUCACUAAGUUUUUAGCCACUGUAAUUGGUUACUUUAUACUUCGAUAUAAUGAAACUGGUUUAUAAAUUAAAAUGGCUAAUGCUUUGUAUUAAUUUGAUAUGCCAGAGAAAAAAAAAGGAGAGUUGGUUUUCUCUUUUUAAUCUUUGGUUACUAAAAUAAUAGACUCUAUGAAAUCUGUUGAUGAUGUAGUUCAAAAAUUUAAACAUAGUGCUCAUAGAGUAAUACAUAUGACUAGAGUAGCAACUGCAUUAAGAUUGCCAAUUACUUCAACUUAAUAAUAUGAUAAAAAUGAAUAAGAUAAUGUAAGUGUACAUACACAUAGAGUUUAAAUAAUAAAUCAUGAUGUACAUUAUGGCAAUUUAAAAUCAGAGAAAUCUUUAGAUUAAUCUCAUGAAAAUAAUCAUUAACCAAAUUUAGAUAAAGAUAAAGAGAAAUUCUUAGACUAAUUUAUAAAAUUAAUUUUGGAAAGUAAAAAGAAAUUAUCAUUUGGAGUACAUUUUAUUGUUAAAUAAGUUACUGGUUCAUUCAAAAGAAAUAGCACCACCAAUUAUUAAGCUAGAAUAUUUGAAAAGUCUAGAAAAAUGAUAUUAACAGAUAUGGAUAUAUUAGUUGUUAUGAAUAAACUAUAAGAAAUAGAGAAAUUCAAACAUAUUUUUCUCAAUAAGACUUAAAGAAAAGUAUUUAAUUAUUUACCAAAACCAGUUGUUUGUGUAAGUGAGAAUAGAUCAGAAAUUAGACAUCAUGAUGAUUAAUUAUAAGAAAAUGAUUUGACUAAUAAAAAAAAUGAUAUGUUGAAAUUAAAGAGUAGUUCUAAAAGUUUAUUAGGAGGCAGAUAGAUUUACAAUACAGAAAGAAAAUUUAAGAGAUUGUAUAAAGCAUAUGAAAGUUUGGCUUUAAAUGAUCAUAGUAGUAAUGAAGAUUUAGAACAUCAUUAUAAAAGCAAUAAAGAUUAUGAACAUUAAUUUAAACAUAAUGAAGAAUUAGAGCAUUCAUUCAAUCAUAAUAACAAUUUAGAAUAAUCAUUGAACAAAAGAUUAUUAAAAAUGGUUGAACCAACAAUUUAAUAUAGUUUCAAUUCUCUUGUUGAACUAGAAAAGAUAUCCAGAUAAUCAAAAUAGAAUAAAAGUAAAAAUAAGAGAGUUAUUACUCCAGCUUUAAAAAAUCGUAUGGUUUAAUUAGAUUCUUAGAAUGAAGAAGGUGAAGAUGAUAAUGAUAUGGAUUGUAUAACUUUAAAGGGUUCUAAAAAAGAACAAUAGACAAAAAGAUCACCUAAUAGUUUAAGCAAUUAUAAUAUAAAGAAGUCUCAUAAUACUUUAGGUAGUAGUUCAAGACAGCAUUAAGAAAUUAAAUUAACUAAAGUUCAAUCAAAAUAAGACUUAAUAGAUAUAGAAGUAUUAAGUUCAUGA